AUGGCCAACUUGAAGCAGUUUAUGGAUCGUUUUGAUGCGGAUAGAGAUAAGAACCAACUGGAGGGAUGGAAGCAACGAAUGGAGACGGUUUACAGGGAGUUCCAGUUGAAUCGUCUUAAACUCGAACUACUGUUCGAUGAAACAAAGGCGACAAACGCGGACGAAACCAUUUCUGAUGAGGAAACGGAGAAUAACAAUCGUCUCAUUCGCCAAAAAUUCGAACACGACUAUAUCCUCACAUCUAGUUUCUUAACUAGCAAAAUUCGUGAGUUGAAUGCAGCUUCACAGCCAAAUGCUCAAGCUCUGGCUGUCGUUAAUGCGCCAAAUCUACCCCAGUCCCGAAUCAAACUCCCUGAAAUAGAUAAGUUUUCUUACCUGGUUGCAUCAUUAACCAAGGAUGCCAAAAAGGUUAUUGAAUCGAUUGAGCUGACCGACGCAAACUACGCCGUUGCGUGGCAGUUGUUGGAGAAGCGGUUCGAUAACAAAAAGCAAUGGGAAGCUCAUCAUAAAUCCACUGAGGUUCCACAGUAUCGGGAGCUCAUCGAUUUCCUGCGUACGCAUUUAAUGGUUCUCCAGUCGUUGGCGCCUUCGAAGUUUCGCUCAUCUGAUUCGCAGAAAGCGGAUUCAUACCGUCCGUUGAAAUCAGCGAAGGUCAAUACAGUCCACACCAUUACUAAUUCGAAGCCUGGUUCCUGUCCGUUCUGUUCGAAGUCUCCACACUCACCAUUCAAGUGCGACGUGUUCCAGAAGCUGGCCGUUUCCCAACGCUUUGACCAAGUGAAGAAAAAGAACCUUUGCAUAAAUUGUUUGUCCUCCUCUCAUUUUUUGAAAGGAUGUUCGUCCAGCGGUUGCAGAGUUUGCAACCAGAAGCACCAUACUAUGCUACACCAACCUCCUAGCGAUCGUUUGUCCUUACAACAAAAACCCAAUACACCUUUCGUUUCUGGUUCGAAUUCAUCAUUCUCGAACCAAACGAAUUCCUCGAAUCAGUCUUCCUCGCAAUCUCGGUUGAAUUCAUCGAUUGAAACGCAGUCACCAUCAACCUCUGCCCAAACAACUAGCCUCGUUUCCACCACUCUUGUUGGUAGCAGUCGAACCGUUCCUGCUACUGUUCUGCUGCAAACCGCAAUCGUCAAGGUUUUCGGUUCCGAUGGAGACGCCCAAUGGGCCAGAGCGUUGUUGGAUCCUGCAUCGCAACUUUGCAUAAUCACGGAGAAUAUGGUUCAAAGGCUGAAGUUACGUCGCUAUCCUAAUCUUCAAGAAAUUGGAGGCAUUGGUAACACUCUCGUGGUAUCGUAUCACGCUGUUGAUGUUGGGAUAGGGUCCCAUUGCACCGAAUAUACUGUCGAAGAACCUUGUCACAUACUGAAGAAGAUCACCCGUGAGCUUCCUGCCAACGCGGUCGAUUCUUCCUGCUGGAACGUUCCAUCCGGAAUCACACUAGCAGAUCCCAACUUCCAUGAACCGGGACCCAUAGAUCUUCUGCUGGGCAUGGAACUGUAUUUCGAACUACUCCUAGAAGGAUUCAUCAAGCUGGGUCCUGAAAAGCCGGUUCUGCAAAAUACCGUUUUUGGCUGGGUAGCAUCCGGUAAGGUAGGGCUUUAUCAUUCCCGUAACCAACUCAAAGUGGCUCACGUGUGCAGCACAGAGCCACUCGAUGAUCAAAUCGCUCGCUUUUGGGAAAUAGAGCACUGCUGGUCUCCUAGCACUCGUUCUCCAGAAGAAACUUUCUGUGAAGAACACUUCGUUGCCAACACUUUUCGAGACGAAUUGGGUAGAUUCGUAGUCACCCUACCGAAACGAGUCGAUGUACUGUCUCAACUCGGAAAUUCGAAGGAAAUAGCCACUCGCAGAUUCCUUGCUCUUGAACGUCGUCUUGAAGCGAACCCAAAACUGAAGGAGGCGUACGCUGCAUUUAUUGCUGAGUAUUUGCAGCUCAACCACAUGCGAGAAAUUGACGACACGUUCAAUACUCUUCCGUCUUACUACCUGCCUCAUCAUGGCGUCGAGAAAGCUGAUAGCACAACCACUAAAUUAAGGGUAGUGUUCGAUGCCUCUUGUCGGACGGACAGCGGAGUAUCGCUCAAUCAGGCGCUGAUGGUAGGUCCUAUGUUACAGGAUGACAUACACGAGAUAUCGCUUCGCUUCCGGAUGCACCAGUUUGCCAUCGUUGCCGAUUGCGAAAAAAUGUACCGGCAACUUCGUCUUCACCCUGUUGACUGUCCACUACAUCGCAUCCGCUGGCGUUUCUCUUCCUCGGAACCGCUGAAAACCUUCGAGCUUACCACCGUCACCUAUGGCACUGCCUCGGCGCCAUAUUUGGCAACUAGGUGUCUUCUGGAGCUGUCUAAGCAAGGAGCUGAUCUGUAUCCUCAUGCAGCGCUAGUCCUCUCGAAAAAUUUUUAUAUGGACGAUAUGCUGACUGGGGUCGACGAUGAAGAAGAAGGAAAAGAACUGUGCACACAGUUACGAAAUCUGCUGCAAUCUGCCGGGCUUAACUUACGCAAAUGGGCGUCCAACUCGACGGCCAUCCUUUCGAUCAUACCACCCGAACUACGUGAAGAACGAGCAGUCCUAGCGUUGGAUUCACCAUCUACUAUCAAAACCCUUGGACUGAUAUGGGAACCAUCAACAGAUCUGCUUCACUAUUCCGUUCCCAAGUGGUCUCAAACGGAUACAAUCACCAGGCGCUCUGUACUAUCAGAUACAGCAAAACUUUUCGAUCCGCUUGGGCUGAUUGGACCAGUGAUAGUUCUAGCAAAAAUCUUUGUUCAAUCUCUUUGGCGAACGUCUGCAUCCUGGGAUGAUCAUCUCGACGAAAUUCAACAGCAGCACUGGCUUUCCUUUCGUUGCAGUCUAAAUGCACUUUCUUCAAUCUCCGUACCUCGGUGGGCAGCACUCGCUACUACACCAGUCAACAUAGAACUCCAUGGGUUUUGCGAUGCGUCGGAACGUGCUUACGGUGCCUGUCUAUAUAUUCGUACCGUUUCUAAUGAUGGGAGCAUCUCCGUUCGUCUGCUGACUGCGAAAUCCAAGGUGGCACCUCUCGGAGAUUCGAAGAAGCAGAAAAAGGUCAGUCUUCCCAGGUUGGAGUUGUCUGCGGCUCUUCUCUUGAGCCACUUGUACCACAAGGUGAACUCUAGCAUCGCACUGAACACUCAACCGUUCUUCUGGUCGGACUCAACGAUCACACUCCACUGGAUCAACUCGGUUCCGUCAAGGUGGAAAACUUUUGUUGCGAAUCGAGUAUCGGAAGUGCAACAUCUAACAACCAACGGUGUCUGGGCUCACGUUUCGGGUAUGGAUAAUCCAGCGGACAUAAUCUCUCGUGGAAUGGAAGCAAGUCAGUUAGAGGAGUCGUCAGCCUGGUGGACGGGACCAUCCUGGCUGAAACAACCAUCCCGUUUCUGGCCUCCAGUCCUCCAAAGUGAUCUGCCUGAACUGACAGUGGAAGCCCUCGAAGAACGAUCGGUAUCGUUACCGGUCAGAGUUCACGAACCGAAUGAAAUAUUCGGUCUACGCUCUUCAUUCAUUUCUCUAGUUCGACUCACUGCGAUGCUUCGUCGAUUCAUUCACAACUCCAAACCGGACAAUCGAUCUACUCGAAAAAUUGGAUUUCUGCGGACGUCCGAACUAAACCAAGCUACAACAACGUUGGUACAGCUAGCACAGUCCGAAGUUUUCUCGAACGACAUCGACGCCAUAGCCACUGAGGGUCAAGUCAAAUCGAACUCGUUGUUGAAGAAUCUCUGUCCAGUCUUGAAGGAUGGUAUAUUACGGGUCGGCAGUCGACUGCGGAACGCGGAUAUACCAGAGGAUAGGAAGCAUCCAAUGAUCCUUCCUGCACGGCAUCUGUUAACAGCAAGCAUUAUGUCCCACUACCAUCAGAAACAUCUGCACGCCGGACCACACCUGCUUGUAGCAUGCGUCCGGGAAAAGUUCUGGCCACUCCGCAUCCGUAACCUGGCACGUAAUGUGGUCCAUUCCUGCAUCAGUUGCUUCCGAUGUAAACCAUCGGCACUGGAGCAGCUUAUGGGAGAUUUGCCUGCUGAAAGAGUUACGCCAACAUUACCGUUUUUGAACACUGGUGUUGACCUGUGUGGACCGUUCCAGUUUCGCAAACUUCGCAAAGAUCAUCCAACAAAAUGCUAUGUGGCAAUUUUCAUCUGCCUUGUCACAAAAGCCAUCCACAUUGAGCUGGUUUACGAUCUGUCAACAGCCGCCUUCAUCGCGGCACUACACCGUUUUAUGUCGCGGAGAGGAAAACCACACGUAAUUCACUGUGACAACGCCCAAAACUUCAAGGGAGCCGUCCGAGAGUUAGCAGAGCUGCGCAAACAAUUCUGCUCGCAACAACAUAAAGCAACAGUGAAGUACCACGAAAUCGGCUCGAUCGUUGGCAGGAGAACCAAGAGCUCCUCCGACGAGUGUGGAAACGGUGGACGACUGACUACCUGUCAGGGCUUCAUCCACGCACCAAGUGGACACAAGCUAGGGACAACAUUGCUGUGGGCACAAUGGUGCUCCUGA